AUGUUUAGAUAUGAUGUGAACAAUGAUAAAUUUUUGGACUUGAUGGAAAUGAAACUGAUGAUGGAGAAACUACAAGCACCACAGACUCAUGUUGGUUUGAAAAACAUGAUUGCUGAAAUUGAUGAAGACAAUGAUGGACAAGUCAGCUACAGAGAGGUAUGAAGAUUUGAUUAUUUGAUCAUCAGAAAUAAACUGAAAGGAUUAAUCAUAUUUAGGAGGUACUGAUCGAGAUGUUCACCCUUAUAUAGAGGGGUCUGCACUGCCGGUUCUGAAAUCCUGCCAUCCAGACCGAUUUUCACUUUAUACACUAGAAUACAAUAUAACGAAGUGUAAAAGUGAUAAUAAAUGCCUCUAAAUUGCGACUCUUAUGAGAGCCGUAAAUCAUUCAUGUAAAUCUGUUUUCUAUGAUCCUUAGAAUAGAAUGGUAUUUCCUGCACUAGAAAGUGACAAGAGGCAAAGAUUGAAAUGUGUGCAUUCUUGGAAAUAUUUGUUUCUUAGUCUUCUGCCUCUGCUCCCCAAACAAUUGUUUUUGGUUUUGGAAGAGUUAAAGAAAUAUAAUCAAAAUUAAUGCAUUGACAAUUAAGUUGUAUUCCCAGAAUCAUGUUUCAUGUGGCUGCCCAGCUGCAUGAUGGUCAUUACCAUCAACAAACUCUUCAAUAAGCAUUUUUUAAACAUUUUUUAGUAGAAAUGCAAAAGAGAAUACUAAGUCAAUGGCUACUUUAAGUUCUAGUCUGCAUGAGGAAUAAAAUAAAAUAAUCGAACCAAAAUCUUUCAAGCUGAAUAUGAGUGCCGCAAAAGAAACAUGCUGAUCAUAUAACUAACAACACUAUAUUUAGAGAGAACAGUCCAUAUGCUAACAACCAAUUAUUUGAAGCUAAUGCAUAUUAAUGAAAAGAGAUAAUUCUCCAUUCUAAUACCCAGUGUAUUAGCAUAUACCAAGAAGCAUGAAUUUUCCAUGAGCCAAUUUAUUAACAAAAUCAUAACAGGACUAAUAUUGUAUUAUUAGUUCUUGCUAAUAUUCCGCAAAGCCGCGGCUGGAGAGCUUAUCGAAGGCUCUGGUCUCAGUGAACUGGCAAGAUUAUCAGAAGUUGAUAUCAGUGAUGUCGGGGUGAAGGGUGCCAAAGAUUUCUUUGAAGCAAAAGUUAACGAACUUGCGCAAGGUAAGAUAUAAUCUCAAACUCAUUAAUAAUUCACGAGUAAAUUAGCCAACCAUACAACCUCGUUCCCAGGCUCUUCCCUCUUGUUGAGGGAACAGCCUGGGAACGAGGUUGCCAACCAUAUUGCUUUAUUUUGCUCACAUAUGAUAAUACUGAUAUUGAUACCUGGUUAAGCAUAUCGAUCCAGUCCUAGGACUGGAUCAAAAUUAAUUCACCUCACUUUAAUAAGUAGUGAUUUACUUCUGUGAGGUGUCAUUUCAAAUCCUCCAAUUCGUACUGGAGUAGAUUUCUAGUCCUCACAUUUUUACCCAAUCCUCGGUUUCACCUCAGACUUGAAAUCUAGUCUAGUCCUCAUACCUGUAGUCAGAUUUGAAAUAUUUCUUGAGAUGUUUGUGAUGUUACUCUGAGUGUAUAUCCACACCGGGCAAGCUUGGAAAAUAUGCCUGGCCAUGAUGGGAAUCGAACCUACGACCUUUGGAAACUUUGGAACUAGUUAGACUCAGUUCCGAAAUAUCACAUACUCGAACCGACCUGACCGCGUAGUUGGCAGAGCAUUUGGGCUGGUACUCCAAAGGUCGUAGGUUCGAUUCCCACCGUGGCCAGGCAUAUUUUUCAAGCUUGCCCGGUGUGGAUAUACACUCAGAGUAACAUCGCAAACAUCUAUUCACCUGAGUACACAACACCAAAACAGAAAAAAAAAUACUUGAGGUAUUCCAAGCACAUGCUUUUUAACAGGUAACCAUGGCCAUUACUUUGUUAUGACCAUUGGGACCAGUCAGGCUUUACAGCUGUUGCAACCAUAUUGAUCUCCGUGACCAAGUACAUUAACUUUUUCAUUUCAUCAUAACUACAGGAAACAAGUUUGAAGCAGAGAUUCGGGCAGAACAAGAAGAGAAUCGAAAAAAGGCUGAAGACGCCAAAAUAAGAAAGCAACAAUUUAAAGAGAAACAAGCAGCCUUUGGUACUUCAUAA